AUGCCAGAGCGGGAGGAAGAGAAGUUGCAUGAGUGCUGCAUGGAUUCUGCAGGGCCGCAACACCAGCAUGUUGGGGCAUACAUCGGGCAAAAGCCAAACACGCUUCUCAAAGGACACUUCACGGGGCAAAUUGCUGGAUACCUGGUGCCGUGGAGCUGGGUGGAGACGAGUGUGUUCAAGCUACAGCAGCAGGCCCACGAGUUCCAGGUGUUCGGGUUAGAGGUGGCCCUCCAGGCCGCGGUGUCAGCCUCAGAUGUUCAAGGAGUUGCAGGAGUGAACCUGGCCGGCAGUGGUACUGUUCACGUGCACGGCCGUGAAGUUACAAGAGGCGCAUGGGCAGCUGACCCACAGCCUACUAAGGAAUUUAGGAGGAGGUUGACAGCGAGCGCAGGAUGA